AAAUUUUAGGCUGCAGACUCUCUGCAGUAGAGCCGCAGUAGAACUGCUGAGAAAGACCAAAGUUGCCAGAGAUGUGGAACGCUCAGCAGGACAGCGACUCCGCGGAGGCUCUGGGACGCCGCCAACGCUGGUUCUGUGCUGGAACACUGGUGCUGGCUUUCACUGGAACCUUCAUCAUUGGCUUCCUCUUUGGGUGGUUUAUAAAACCCUCCAAUGAUUCUACUAGCAGUAUUUCCUAUCCUGGCAUGAAGAAGGCAUUUUUGCAAGAAUUGAAGGCUGAGAACAUCAAAAAAUUUUUAUACAAUUUCACACGGACACCACAUUUGGCAGGAACACAACACAAUUUUGAGCUUGCAAAGCAAAUUCAUGCCCAGUGGAAAGAAUUUGGCCUGGAUUUGGUUGAGUUAUCUGAUUAUGAUGUCCUGUUGUCCUACCCAAAUAAGACCCAUCCCAACUAUAUCUCAAUAAUUAAUGAAGAUGGAAAUGAGAUUUUCAAAACAUCAUUAGCUGAACUGUCACCCCCGGGAUAUGAGAACAUAUCAGAUGUAGUGCCACCAUACAGUGCCUUCUCUCCACAAGGGACACCAGAGGGGGAUCUAGUAUAUGUUAACUAUGCACGAACUGAAGACUUCUUUAAACUGGAACGGGACAUGAAGAUCAAUUGUUCUGGGAAGAUUGUGAUUGCCAGAUAUGGGAAAGUGUUCAGAGGAAAUAAGGUUAAAAAUGCUCAGCUGGCAGGUGCAAAAGGAAUCAUUCUGUACUCAGACCCUGCUGAUUACUUUGUUCCUGGGGUGAAGUCCUAUCCAGAUGGUUGGAACCUCCCUGGAGGUGGUGUUCAGCGUGGAAAUGUCUUAAAUCUUAAUGGUGCAGGUGAUCCCCUCACACCAGGUUACCCAGCAAAUGAAUAUGCCUACAGGCAUGAAUUCACAGAAGCUGUCGGUCUUCCAAGUAUUCCUGUCCAUCCAAUUGGAUAUGAUGAUGCACAGAAACUAUUAGAACAUAUGGGUGGCUCCGCACCCCCUGACAGCAGCUGGAAGGGAGGACUAAAAGUGCCUUACAACGUGGGACCUGGCUUUGCUGGAAACUUUUCAAAACAAAAGGUCAAGCUGCAUAUUCACUCCUACAAUAAAGUGACAAGAAUCUACAAUGUUAUUGGUACCCUCAAAGGAGCUGUGGAACCAGACAGAUAUGUUAUUCUUGGAGGGCACAGAGAUGCUUGGGUGUUUGGUGGCAUUGACCCUCAGAGUGGAGCAGCUGUUGUUCAUGAAAUUGUCAGGACCUUUGGAACUCUGAAGAAGAAAGGUUGGAGGCCUAGAAGAACUAUUUUGUUUGCAAGCUGGGAUGCUGAAGAAUUUGGCCUUCUUGGUUCUACUGAGUGGGCAGAGGAACAUUCAAGACUCUUACAAGAACGUGGUGUGGCUUAUAUCAACGCUGAUUCUUCCAUAGAAGGAAACUACACUCUCAGAGUUGAUUGUACACCACUGAUGCACAGCUUAGUAUACAACCUAACAAAAGAGCUGCCAAGCCCGGAUGAAGGCUUUGAAGGCAAAUCUCUUUUUGACAGCUGGAAAGAAAAAAGUCCUUCAACUGAGUUCAUUGGAAUGCCAAGGAUUAGCAAGCUGGGGUCUGGCAAUGAUUUUGAAGUGUUUUUCCAAAGACUUGGAAUUGCUUCAGGCAGAGCCCGGUAUACUAAAAAUUGGAAAACCAACAAAGUCAGCAGCUAUCCUCUCUAUCACAGUGUCUAUGAAACAUACGAAUUGGUAGAAAAAUUCUAUGAUCCGACAUUUAAAUAUCACCUCACUGUGGCCCAGGUUCGAGGAGCAAUGGUAUUUGAAUUGGCCAAUUCUAUAGUGCUUCCCUUUGACUGCAAAAGUUAUGCUGUAGCUCUGAAGAAACAUGCUGAGACUAUCUACAACAUUUCAAUGAAUCAUCCACGGGAGAUGAAGGCGUACAUGAUAUCAUUUGAUUCACUGUUUUCUGCAGUAAAUAAUUUUACAGAUGUUGCAUCCAAGUUCAAUCAGAGACUGCAAGACUUAGACAAGAGCAACCCCAUAUUACUGAGAAUUUUGAAUGAUCAGCUAAUGUAUCUGGAACGUGCAUUCAUUGAUCCUUUAGGAUUACCAGGAAGGCCUUUCUACAGGCAUAUCAUCUAUGCUCCAAGCAGCCACAACAAGUAUGCAGGAGAAUCAUUCCCAGGGAUUUAUGAUGCCCUUUUUGAUAUUAAUAACAAAGUCGACACUUCUAAGGCCUGGAGAGAAGUGAAGAGACAGAUUUCUAUUGCAGCCUUCACAGUGCAAGCUGCAGCAGAAACCCUGAGAGAAGUAGACUAAGCACUCUUUACAGAAUUCAUAAAAAACUGAUUUGUGGAUCAAAAAACAAAAGUGAAUAAUUUCAUAAUGACUUAUAAUUUUGACAUGUAUUACUAAAAUUUAAAAUUCAAUAAGUAUUAAAACUAAUGUAAACAGCCUAAUAAAAUGACACAUUUGACAGUCUCAGAUAAUUAUCUGAAAUCUAAUACACCCUUCCCAAAUCUACCCUGUAGUUUUACUUCAUUAUGGAAUACACCUUGGAUAGUUCACAAUUCUGCUCUACCUGGGGGCCUAUAUGCUCUCUGGUCACCAAAGGCUGGGAGGAUCAUUAUAGUCACCCUAGCAGACGAGUUCUAAUUUAUUCUCUCUUCUUGUAAACCUAAUUCCUCUUUAUUAAAAAGUUUAAGUAUAUAGGCCAAGGUCUUGUCUGUGACUCCCUAUGGAGGAUCCUGAUAAAAAGCGACAGUCCAUGGUUUUAAGAUAUUUAUGAUCUAAAACUAUAUAAAUCGUAAAAGUACAACUACUAAUUAGCAUCUAUAGUCUCAGUAACUGAACUUCUGAACAGAUGCAUUAUUUAUAUGAAAUAUAAUCAUGGUCUUGAAUUUUA